AUGGAGGUUAAGUUUUCCGACUCCAGGAACAACUUUGAACACUCCGGGGACGUCUUCCUUAACAAACAUCAACCACCUCUCCCGUCUUGCUUUCCUACAACUUCUAUUAGUUUUCAUGAGAAUCAUCGCCAUUAUUUAGACAUAGACUCUCAUAAUCCUCCUGCUUCAUCUGGUAUAGGACCAAAUGAUGUUUCACAUCCUUUCUCGACUCAGUCUUCUCUGUCGCUUGCAAGUAUUGUGCCCACGAACAAUCCUGCGCAAAUUUUUGAUGCUGGGAGUCAACAACCCAUGGCCCAGAUUGCUGAGGAAACUCAAUUGCUUCAAGAUCUCUCAACGCUCGAUGAUAUUUUGCCACCAAUCUACAGUGAAAAUAACAUGGCUCAGGAAAAUGAACAACACAGCCACACUCGGGAUUGCACAGAUAUCAACGAAGUCCUGCCACCUGAAUGCACUUUCCCAGGCUGUGAAGGCAGAGUUUUUCCAACUCAAUUCGCGCUAAAAGAACACAAAGACAAACAUAUCCGCCUUUACAUAUGCACUCACCCAUCAUGUAACCGCAAAAGCUUUAGUAACAAAGGUGGCUUCGACCGCCACUCCCGCGAGGUUCACAGCUCGCUAUCUUAUACCUGUCCCGUGCAGUCAUGCCCACGCAGUAAGAGAGGAUUCAAUAGGAGAUACAACCUAUGGCAGCAUCAGAAAAAACAUCAUCGCCUUGAGCCAUCGAAAUUUCUUCAAUCAUACUCCAGUACUCCAGAGGAACCCUCUCGAAGCGAGAUUGAAAUCCGGAACCCCGAACUUGAGAAUAAUAUUUUGGGCUUGAAUAGCGAUGAGACAAACCAAUCGCUUCUUGCUCCUGGGGGUGAAGAGAUAACGGGAAAUCAAAGUUUACACGCGAAAUUGCGCGCUCUUAAGACCUUACGAGCAGAGAUUGAUGGUGAUAUCAUUUCGUUGGAAAAAGCGCUGAGGAUAAUUAGCGGUGUAUAUUAA